AGCAGCAUUGGAGGCACCUUGACAAAAUGAGCACGUUAGCAUAGCCCUAUAACAAUAAAUAACCUGCGUCACUUGGUUCAGAAGGGGUAACAAAAUGGCUCUGCAAGCCAAGUUUGAGAAAGUGGUGCAGGGGAUUAAGACUUCAGGGCCAAAAUUCCUGAAGGAGCUGCGGGAGUUCGAUAAUCUAGUCAAGGCAAUUGGAGAAUGCAAGUCGAAAGCGGAGGAGGACCGCAUCAUUACCCAGGAGCUGGAGCUGCUGAAGCAACGCCUCAGCGAUCCCAAGCUGGACAAAAGCCGGGGCAAAGAGUACAUGAUUCGGCUCAUAUACUGCGAAAUGCUUGGCCAUGACGCGAGCUUUGCGUACAUCAAGGCCCUGCAGUUUGCAAGUGACCCGAACAUCCACACCAAGAAGGCCGCCUACCUGGCUCUGACCCAGUUCCUGGACUGCGACAACCAGCUGGUGCUGCUGCUCGUCAACACGCUGCUCAGCGACAUGAAGAGCGACAACUACCUCAUUGUGUGCACGGCGCUGGUGACCGCCACCAAGCUGAUCGGCGCGGACCUGGUGAACGCGGUGUACCCGGUGGUGGUGGAGCGGCUGCGGCACCCCAAGGAGCACGUGCGCAAGAAGGCGGUCAUGGCGCUGCACUGGUUCGGCGGGCUGGACCCGCGGCGCGAGGGGCCGCUGGCGGGCGUGGAGCUGGACAAGCACUUCAGGACCAUGCUGUGCGACAAGGACCCUGCCGUCAUGAGCGCGGCGCUGUGUGCGCUGCACGAGUGCAUCAAGGGCGACCCGCGGCCCUACAAGAACCUCAUCCCCUCAUUCACAAGCAUCCUCAAGCAGGUGUCUGAGCACCGGCUGCCCAAGACCUACGACUACCACCGCUUCCCCGCGCCCUUCAUACAGAUCAAGCUGCUCAAGAUCCUGGCCAUGCUGGGCUCCGGCGACCGCGCCAGCAGCGAGAACAUGGCGGCGGUGCUGCACCAGACCCUGCGCCGAGCCAACACAAGCCACACCAUCGGCUCAGCCAUCAUAUUCGAGUGCGUGCGCACCAUCACCACCAUCUACCCCAACCCGCAGCUGCUGGCCACAGCUGCCGAGUCCAUCGCCGCCUUCCUGCGCUCGCCCAGCCACAACCUGCGCUACGUGGGCAUUGACGCGCUGGCCGGCAUCGUGGCCAUCAACCCCUCCGCAGCCGCCGAGCACCAGGUGGCAGUGCUGGACUGCCUGGAGGACCCGGACGACACGCUCAAGCUCAAGACGCUGGAGCUGCUGUACAAGAUGACCAAGGCCAACAACAUCCAGGUGAUUGUGGAGAAGAUGAUGAGCUACCUGGCCACCUGCUCCGACGAACACAUCCGCCGAGACAUCGUGCGCAAGGUGUCGGACCUGGCGGAGCGCUACGCGCCCUCGCCCUCCUGGUUCGUGGCCACCAUCAGCGAGGUGUUCCGGCUGGGGGGCGAGCACGUGGACGAGGGCGUGGGCCACGGCCUGUGCCGCCUCAUCGCGGAGCAGGACGCCAGCCUGCACGCCUCCGCCGUGGAGGCCUACCUGGGGCUGCUGGACGGGGCGGUGGGCGCGGCGGCGGCGGCGGGCGGCGGCGUGGUGCCCAGCGGCAAGAAGCUGCCCGAGACCAUCCUGCUGGUCAUCUGCUGGGUGCUGGGCGAGUACGGCCACCUGGCCGCCCGCCCGCCCGGCGCCGUGCUGGGCCGCCUGAUGGGCCUGCUGGCCGCACACAAGACCACCACCGACCGCGUGCGGGGGGCGCUGCUCACCGCGCUGGCCAAACUGGCGGCGCACACGGGCGGCGCGGCGGGGCCGGUGGGCGCGGCGCUGGCGGCACCGCAUGGCUCGGGCGGCGGCGCCAGCGGCGGCGUGUGCGAGGCCAGCCCGGCGGACUUCGUGCACGCCUGCCUGUCCAGCCAGAACCUGGAGCUGCAGCAGCGCGCGCACGAGCUCACGGCGCUGCUCAAGCUGCCGCCGCCGCUGCUGGCCGCCGCGCUGCCCGUCAACGCCGCGGCCGAGGACCUGACGUCGGACCUGGGCACUGUGGUGGCGCUGCCCUUCCUGGACGGCCUAGUCAACAGCGCGCUGGCGGCCGGAGCGCAGCCCUACCUGUCGCCCGAGGCGCGCGGGAGCAAGGGCGCGGAUGCACAGGCCAAGGGCCUGCGCUUUGAGGCGUACGAGCCGGCGCCCUACGCGGUGCCCAUCGCCGCCGCCUCCACCUCGGCCGCAUUCGGGGCCGGCGGCUCCGCCUCCACCUCCGCCGCGGCGGACCCGCGCCAGUCCUCCUACAGCGGGCCCUCGCCCUCCGCCGCCUCCACCAGCAGCGCGGCGGCGGCGGCGGCGGCGGCUGGGCCGUCCGAGCCGCAGCUCACCCUCAAGGGCGCCGGCGGCCGCAAGUGGGGGCCAGCGCAGUACGAGUCGGGGCCGGACGCGGCCGGCGCAGGCGGCGGGGGCGGCGGCUACGGCGUCAGCAGCUCGGGGCCAAGCACGACAUCAGCGCCCGCUCCUGCAGCGCCCCGCAGCGGACACCACUCACGCAACGCCUCCGGCUCGGGCCCGGCGCUCACCGGCCAGGCGGCAGAACGGGAACGACUCGCUGCCUCUCUCUUUGGCGGCGGCGGGGGCGGCGGGGGCGCCUUCUCAGCUGCAUCUCGCCCGGCUGCUGCACCCGCGGCGGCGGCUGCACGGGCGUCCGGUGGCGCGCCGUCACGCCCGGGGGCGGCGCCGGCAGCGGCAGCACCCGCGCCCAACGUGAUGGACAUGCUGUUGGACCUGGACGUGCCGCCCGCCACACAGCCCGCCGCACACUCGGCCCGCAGCCACGCGCCCGCCGGCGCGCCCGCGGCACCAGGUGGCGACUGGAUGGACUCCCUCCUCGGCGGCGGCGGGCCGGCGGCGGGGCCCGGGGGCAACCACACAGCGGCGGGCAUGGGCAUGGGCGGGCCGGGCAUGGGCGCUGGUGGCAUAUACGGCGGCAUGGGGCCGCCACAGCAGCAGCAGUACCAGCAGUACCAGCAGCAGCAGCAGCAGCAGCAGCCGGCCUACGGUGGCGGCAUGGGGGGGCCGGGUAUGGGCAUGGGCGCUGGAGGCAUGGGGCAGCCGGGGCCGGGCUACGGCGCGCCGACGUAUGGCCAGCCGCAGCCGUACGGGGCGCCGGCAGGUGGCAUGGGGAUGGGCAUGGGCGGGCCAGGCAUGGGCAUGGGUGCAGGGAUGGGAGGCCGGGGGGCGCCGCCGCCGCACCAACAAAUGCCGCAGAAGGCUGCGGGCGCGGACCCAUUCGGUGACCUGCUGGGCUAGUGUGUUAGUUGGAGUGGUGACUCGUUGGGUGGGCAUAGGUAGGUGAGUUGGGGCAGCAAUUUGGAGGAAGGGGUGAGACCGGCGAGCCCGUGCCGCCCGCAGGCGACUGGAUGGACUCGCGCCGGCGGUGAGGGUGGGAUAUACAUAGAAGAAGGCGGGGUGGGGGUGGGAUGCGGGUAGAAGGAGGCGGUGUAACACUUGCGACUGCCGUACCGUACGGUGUCCGGUAACCUGCGCGUGCCGCACCCGCGGGCUGCAACAUGAAAGUGGAAGUGAAAGAGGGCAGAUGUUGAGAUACAAACAGGGUAAGGCUUUCGGCGUUAGUCGGGAGAGUGCGGACAAAUCUUGGGAUUUCGCGCAGAACUGUACCUGAGCCGACCUGAGGCUCUCUGUCAUGGCUUCGUUCUGAAGGCAGCGGGGUAGAAGAAACUGCGGGGACGGGUGGCAAGCAAUGUGAAUAUUUACC